GCAUUUUGCUGCCUGCACCUCUCUGCCUAGCACUUUUGCCCACGCUGCCGAAGCCCGCAACUGCAACUAUGGCCGAGAAGAAGAAGAGCACCAAGCCCACCCACUCUCCGUAUGCUGACCUCAUAAAGGAGGCCAUCCUCACGCUGAAGGAGCGUGGCGGGUCCUCUCCGGCGGCCAUUAAGAAGGUCAUCGGCCAGAAGCACCCCAGCCUGCCUGCUGGGUGGGAGAAGGUCACAGCCCUGCAGCUGAAGAGGUUGACUGCCGCGGGCAAGCUCGUCAAGGUCAAGGCCAGCUACAAGCUGAGCGAGGAUUUCAAGAAGGGCCCACCCAAGAAGAAGGUGGUCAAGAAGCCCGCUGCCAAGAAGGUGACCAAGCCCAAGGUUGCCAAGGCAAAGAAGCCCGCGGCUGACAAGCCCAAGAAGACCCCCGCCAAGGCAAAGAAGCCCGCUGCUCCCAAGCCGGCUGCCGCCGCCGCGGCCCCCGCCGCCCCCAAGGCAAAGGCCCCGGCCAAGGCUAAGAAGCCGGCCGCCGCCAAGCCCAAGAAGGCGCCUGCCAAGGCCAAGAAGCCCGCUGCUCCCAAGGUCAAGAAGGCCGGUGCCCCCAAGCCCAAAAAGGCUGCCGCUACCCCCAAGGCUAAGAAGCCCGCAACCAAGAAGGCUGCGCCCAAAAAGAAGGCCGCUCCCAAGAAGGCUGUGAAGGCAUAAGUGCAGCGACCGUGCAACUGGAGCUGCGCGCAUCUCGUCACAAUCCCCAAAAAAACUGGUGUUUUUCAGCACCACCCAGUGGUGUGGAAAAUAAUAGUACUGGCCUGCAGCAUCCUGCUGCAUGUAUCAACAUGCUGAUCUCACAUGGUUUUGUGAGGAAGAGAUAUUGUCUCCAAGCUGCGUUCAUGCAUCCUUAAUAGUAUACUUGCGGCUGAGCCACACACUCUGCGGCAGCGGCUGUGACAAGACUCAAACCUCCAGACAUGACCUGCACUGUCAGGAUGAGGACAAAGGUAGCUGCAGCUUUGGAGGACAUUUCUGGCAGUUAUACCAAAUGUUUUUGGUGAGGAGUAGCUGCAGGCUGCACAAAGGAGGACAGCUAGGCCUGGUCAGGAAGCUGACCUGGAACGCCCCGUGCCUAACGUUCGGACUGAGCCAUUUGCAGAACUGAGGUCCUGUACAUUAGCAUGUCUUGGAUGUUGGUGAUUGUCAGAUCAGCAUUUACACGUGCUGGUUGCCUCAUUGAAUGUCCUGUUGAAGUUGCUGAACAAUCCCAUUUUGAGCUGCCGACCAUGUGAACUGUUUGUUGGUUUCGCCGUGAGAUCCAUCACUUGGCAUUCCCAGAGGAUAUUAUUGUCUUCAAGAACAAGCUUGUAAUCAUCCAGACGC